AUGACCGCGUGUGAAUCAAGUGAUCAAAUAAGAGGUUUUAUUGUUCCUUUUCGGCUGAUAAUUGGGAGGGUGUCCGAGGCGUCUUUUGUAGAAGCGUGUGCUGACGUUUGUGGUUCUCCUGCAGGCUUCUCCAGCUGCGCGACGCUGCUGCUGCUGCAGCUGCUCGCCCUGAACUGGCGCACAUCUGUGGCGCUGCCGCUGCCGGGGAGCGCAGACAAGAGCGCACAGUGCGCGUCGCUCUUCAAGAACCUCCUGCUGAACAUCAAGGACCUUCUUAAAAGUGAAUUUAUGUGUUAUCGCUUGAUGAAAUCCAUGGAAGUGACAGUGAGGAGCCCUGAAACAGUGCAGGCCUGCGCACCCACUUCACCUCAGAACUCCGGUUGUGCGAUACUGGUCAAUUCGUCCUUCAGCGAGAGUGAGUGUGUGACGAACAUCAUGAAGGAUUUGGCCUACUAUGAUGCUGCUUUGGAAUCCUACCUCGAGUCCCCACUCCACAUGCCUGAGAAGGAAGUUCCACUUCUGAGACCAACUCUGGGAAUCAUUCAGAACCUGAGGAAGAAUUGCUCCUCGGUGGCAAAUGAAGGGCAAUACUCCUUUGAGGACGCAGCCAACCUGUGGAAAAACAACUCCUACGCAAACCGACAGAAGAUGUGCAAGAUGAUGAGAGGCUUCCAUGUCCGCGCCAUCACCAUCAACCGGGCCAUGGGCUACAUCUCCUCCGGGGAGCACAGGAAGUAAACCCAACCGAAGCUUCAACAACAUCACCAUCAACAUCACUGUCAAUAUCGCAGUAUUUCCCCCCCCCUCAUCAAGAUUUACCACAGCAAAUCCGUAACAGUCGUUCACUACCCUUGGAAGCUAUUUAAAAUGUGGUGCUUCACACCAAACAAAGCUGCUCAGGCAUAAGCUAGCUGUGUGGACCCUCUUCUCUUUGUGAGAGCAAAAGGUCCGUCAAUCUUUUUUUAAGGUUGGUCAAAAGUAAAGGUCACGUUGGCCUGUUUCAGUAUUUGAAUGUAUCCCACUAUAAUGGAUAUUUAUUUAUUUAUUUAUUUAUUUGAUAUUUAUUUAUUGAAUAAUAAUAUUUAUUUGAUGGCCUGUGAUGUUAUUUGUUCUUAUUUAUAAU